GAUUUCUAACAUUUUAUUUAAUAAUGUCGUUGAUUGAAAAUGAUUUUCAUGUUGCUAAACGCCUACAUGAAGAAUUAAACGGAAUACAAGCAACAACUCAUAGUAAUCAAAAUGAUCAAAGUGUAAUUGAACUAUCUGAUGAAGAAUCAUCAUCCACGAAUCAAACGAAUGAAUCCUAUAAAAUUGUGGAAAAGAGUACUCAUGACAAUCAACAAACAAUAAGGAUUCGCAGUGAAAAAGGUUCACCAGAUGAUUAUUUCAUGCCGAUCAUAAACACCUACAUUGAUAUAGACAACAAACCAGACUGGAGUUUAGUAAAUAUUGAAGCAGAUAUCCAAAUCAUAUUUAAUAAAUUGAAAAAGCAUUACAUGGAAAAAUGGCUAAAGAACGCCAACUGGACUGUUAAAUGGAAGACAUCAGAACUGCCCAGCUGUGGUUCAUUUUAUUUGAUAUCUGAAGUAUACAGAGGCCUACUUGUUGAACAUACGGCUUUGGUUCGUCCUCGAAUUCAGCUGAUUUCUCUUCUCUUUCAUUUUCUAAUCCAUUUAUAUCUCAAAGCUGUUUCAAAUGGAUCUAUCAGCUUAUAUGAUCAUGAUGAGAAUUUUCUGCAAAUUAUGAGGUUUCUCAACAAUAAAAUAGGAACACAAAUCACAGCUUGCCACAACUUUCAAUCAUCUCCUGAUGAAGAAAAUUAUCCAACGCAGUGGUUUAAAUGUGUAGGAACUUGUGAAAAUUAUGCUCCAUUCUAUGGUGUCAUUCGAAGUACAUCAAUGCCUAAUUCAUCACACAGUUAUUUGGAAACUCACGAAACGAAAUGUGGCGGUCAGUUCUUUAAACUUUUUGAAAUAUCUCGCAUCAAUCAAAAGACAAAACAAGUAGAAAAGAAAUAUUUAAGGAAUGUUCAUUACAUGUUUCCAAAACCGCGUCCUCCACUCAAAAACAAUUCACGAAAUCAUUUGAAGACUUCAAUUCAAGUUCGUGAAGUCAUUGACAUCACAAAUGACAACGGCCCGAAAGUUGAGAAUCUUUGUGAAGUUGUCAAUAUUGACGAUGAAGAUGAUGAAGAUAAGUCUGCGACAACCACAACAAAAUACGCUCAAGAUUUCAUUAAUCAUUCGAUUGUCUUCUCAAUGUGUCCAAUUUGUCAAUGCGUUAUUGGAACAUCAAAGCUUGCAAAACAUUUUGAUGCUUGCACUGGUUACCAACAAAAAGUUGAAUUUCCUGAUCCAAAAAUUCCAAAAAUCAUCAAAUUUUAAAAGUGAUAGUAGUCAUUGAUUGCCACUUAAUAUAUUUACCUGAAAUUAAAUUUUAAUAUUUUUCGAUGUCACUUUUUCGACAUUUCUGUAAAAUUUGUUAUUAUCGCAUUGUUCUCAUUCCAAGACCAUGGAAAAAGCCAAAAGAAAAUUAUCAGCAACCUUUUCAAUGGAAUCUCAAAUUUUAUAAACCUUGUGAAGUUCGACCUCGAGCAUUUUAUGACUCUCCAAGUGAAGUAAGACUGGGCCCAUCAAAUAAUGUCGAUAAAACAAAAGAUUAUAAAAAUCCUGAGUAUUAUUCUUAUCAUCCUUAUUCAUACUACAAUAUGGAGGAAGAUUUGUAUCAUAAACGUCGCUUCAGCGAUCCCUAUCGGAAAGUUCCAUUUGAUGAUGACAAAACAGUUUUUUAUUAA